AUGUCUAAAAAUUCUAUUUUAAAUUCCGUAUUUUCGGAUAUUGAAAAGUUAGGUUCAGCCGAAGAAUACAAAAGGAUCAUUAAACUCGUCGAAAAACGUGACUAAUAAUUAUUAAAAUUAAAAUUGGUAUUAAUUAAUCAGCCAUGUAAUUAUAAUUCUAGAUAUCAAUCAGUUUCCUGAAGAAUUAUCAUUGGUUCAAUCGAAACUAGCUAGUUUGAUUCAUUUGAAUCAGAUUGAAGAUGCGUAUAACUUUAUACAAAAGAAUAAAUCAACUUCCCAGUAAAUAUUCUUUUUUUUAUAGUUCAGUUUUACUAACUCUAACUUUAAUAUUUUGCAAUAGGUUGUUUAUGUUCGAAAAAGCGUAUUGUUUGUACCGUUUAAACCGCUCUGAAGAAGCUUUAAAAAUGAUUAAUGAAGAACCUAAUCUUGGACCCAAUUUUAAGGAAUUGAAAGCCCAAAUUCUGUACAAAUUGGAAAGGUAAUAAAUUAGUCAUAAUUUAUAAUAUUAUUUUUUACUUAACACAAACAGCACCAGCAUUGUUUAGUAUACAACAAAAAUAUAAUAUUUUAAUUAUUAUAAUAAUUACCUCUAGUCUAACAACAAUAAAUUGUUUUUUUUAUACAAAAAUCACAUUAUUUCAAUAGAAUUUUUUAAACCUAUAAAAUAUAUUUUUUUUUUUUAUUUAAUAUGAACUUCAUAGUGUUAUACAGAUUUUAUUUUAUUAAUUGAUAACUGAUCGCAUUUUUUUAUACAGUUUAAACCAUUUUUGUAAAAUGAUCAUUUUUUUCCUUGAUUAUAAUUUUUGUAUACUGUAAAUGUAAAUUAAACUUGAGCUUGGUGCAAUUUACUAUAUUUAACUUAAUAAUUUUAGGUACAAUGAAUGUUUGGAUAUGUAUCGAGAUAUCAUCAAACAAAGUAAAGAUAGUUUUACAAAUGAAAGAGAAACAAAUCUAACGGCUGUAAUUUCACAAGUUUCUAAAUUAGGAGAUGUAAGUUAUAUUAUUAUUUAUUUAGCUUUUUACCAAUGACACAUCCAACAAAUUAAUCUACAAUCACUUGUGCAUUUAUUUUUUAUCCUAUCUCUUGUGUGUUGGUAUUUUGUUAUAAUUUAUUAAUUCAUAUUGUUUGAUUCAAAAGUAAUUUCCAUGCAUAAAUGCAAUAUUAUUAUCGAUAUUGUAUAAUAAAUAAAAACUAUUACAGUAAAACUUCCAUUAAUGGUUACCUCUAAAAGACAGUCAAUUCUAUUUUUUUUGGUACCGUCAAGUGUUAUGCCUUAUAAGACACCUCUAAAUAGCAGUCAUUAUUGCCGGUCCCUUCGGUGAUCGUUAUAUGGAAGUUUUACCAUAUUAAAUUAUGAAAAAAUCUGUGAGAAACUAUCUAGGUUAUUUUUAUUCAUAAUUCUAGUUAAACAUAAAAAUAUUUAAUAAUUUGAGUUAUCAGGUUUCAAAUGACUUAGGUAUGCAUGCCUAUCCAAUAUAACAUUCUUAUUCUUGUAUAUUAUUUAUAUUAUUGAAAAAAUGAAGAUCAAAUAGUGUGAUAUAAUACAAAAACACUUCCAUUGAAUUUACCAUAAUGUGACAAUUAACCUAAAAAAGAAAAUAUUUAUAUAAUUUAGAAUAAAUAUGACAUUCCGACUGUUAAACAAGAUAACACAUACGAAUUUAUGUAUAAUAUUGCGUGUGUAUUAAUUGAAAGAGGAGAUAUAGAAAAAGCCCAAGAUUUACUCAAUCAAGCUGCCAAAUUAUGUAGAAAUACAUUAGAAGAGGAAGAAGUGACAGAAGAAGAAAUUCAAGAAGAACUCACAGCUAUAAAGUAAUUUUUUUAAUUUUAUUAUGAAACUCUAUGUAAAAUACUAUUUAAUGAUAAAAUAAUAUUUACUAUUGAAAUAUACGAAUAGGUGUAAUAUCGUGAUUUGUGGUAUCUAAUUUGCACAGUAAUAAAAAUUAAAAUUACAAAAUAGCAAAUCCAUUAAUUUAUAAAACUUGUUAUUUAAAAAUGUAUGUAUAACAGAAACCAUUUGUUAUUUAAAAUAUGAUUUCUGAUGUUUUAGUAUAUAUGUGAUUUCAAUAUUUUUAAAUAAAAGAGUAUAUAUAGUAAAUAAAUAUAUAAAUAAAAAUAAAUAAAUGAAUGAAUGCGUUGCCUGGAGUAUUAUUAUAAGUGUAUUAUACGAUCGGUUUCAAAUUAAAAAUUCAUCACCAGGUAUAUCACUGUCAAAAUAUUAAAGGAAUAUAAUUUUCAUAGUUAAAUAUACAUGUAAUUUUAACCAAACCAACAUUUUUAUAUCUAAUAUUAUAAUAUUUAUAAUAAUUACCAUUAUUAUCUUUUUAUAAUUUCCAAAUACAAAAUUCUUAUUUAGCUUACACGGUAUACUAUAAUUAGGUUCGGAAGUUAUAGGAGUUAAAAAAGCCAUAAUAUGCAUGAAAAAAUGUAAAAUAUGCAAAAAAUUAUUCAAAGUUUAUUAUUCAAAUACAUAUAAUGUCAUUAUUAAUGUUCACGAAAAAUAUAAAGAUUAAAUACGAAUCUCACUGUUGUCGUUAAAUUUAUAAUAGACUGAGAUGAUAAGAAAUAACAAUAAACAAAUCAUGUUAAAUAAAAUUGAGUUUUAUAUUCAAUUUAUUAAUUAAUUAAGAAAGAAAAAAAACAUCAAUUUUUUUUUAUUUAGCAAAUAUUAAGUUACUAUAACUUCUGAGCCCUAAUUAUAACGCAUAUAACACAUUUUUAAUAAAAAAUAGUAUCAAAUUCUUUUUUUAAACACUUCUUUAUUAUAUUAGAACUGUUAAUAUAAUUUUAGUAAUCACUGUUUACAGAAUACGCUUAUACAAAUUUAUGUAUGCUAUUUAAUACUACAAAAUACAUAAAUUAUUAUAAAACAUAUUAGUAAAAACUUUUAUAAUCAAAACAAAUUAUUUUGAUUAGAUAUUAUAUUAAAUAAUAUCAAUACAGUGUUGCAUAUUAAUAUGUAGAAAAUACAUAAAUGUAUCAUUUGUUUUUAUUUUUCAUAUUUUAAUCUACAGAUUUUAUGUUACCUGUGAAAAUAAUAAUGUUGUUAAUAAUUGUUUUAAAUUGUUAAUAUAUUAAAUCCCUAUGUUGCUUUUCCAGGGUUCAAGGUGCCUAUUGCCUACAAAAACUAGGCAGAGAGAAAGAAGCCCAAUCUGAAUACACUGAAGUGUUAAAAUACAAACCCAAAGACAUAGGGUCACUAGCGAUUGCAUCAAAUAAUUUAGUAGUAUUAAACCGUGAACAUAAUGUGUUUGAUUCCAAAAAAAAGCUUAAGUCAACAUUAUCUGAUGAACUGACUCUCAAGUUAAAUACGUGGCAGUUAAAAACGAUCACAUUGAACCAUUGCCGUUUUGCAUUGAUGACAAAUCAAGUAUUAAACGUUGCAACCAAAUAAUUUGUUUCAAAUGUAUUUAAUUUUACUUUUAUUUUUCUAGUUAGACCAAUGCACUAAAUUGUGUGACAAUUUAGAAAAGAGUUACCCAGACUUGAUAGAGGAAAUUAUACUAUUAAAAGCAAUAAUGUUAUGGCGUCAGAAGAAAAUUUCUGAAGCCAUUGAUAUGUUGAAAAAAUUUGUGUACCAACAAGAACGUUCAACUGCUAAACUCAAUUGUACCUUAGUGGCUGUGAAAUUAUUAUUAAUGCAGGUAGAAUACAGACAUAUCUAUUUCAAUAUUUUAAAUAUUUCUAUGGUAGAUUAAGUACAGAUAUAAUUUUGUUUAAAUAUUGUUUGAUAAAUAUGGGUGUGCUAUACAAAUCUAGUUAUCAUUAGUUUUUACUUGCGCUCAAAGAAAUUAUUGGGAAAUUCUAGCUGGCAUCCUUUUAUAAUAGCAUAAAUGUUCAAUUGCCUUUGUUUUGUUUUUGUUUUUUAUCAGUUUCGUUACUCAAAUUCUAACAAAAAAUGAAUGUAACAUUCUUUUAUCUAAUUAAAUAUAUGUAAUAAUUCAAGUUCUAUAACUUUGUAAUAAUGAAUUUAUUAUGGAAGUACAUUUAACACUACAAAAACCUGGUUUUCUAUUAGUAAAUGGUUUAUAUAUUACAGAUUAUUAGUUUAUCCAUGUAUAACACUUAUACAAAGUGCUCCAUUUAAGUAUUUGCAUUCAGUAUUGUAAAGUAAUUUAAGAAACAAAGAGCUUUAAAAUGUAACACUUAUUUUAUUUUUUGUCACCUUUAUUUUAGUUUGUGAAAUGAUCACCUACUUUACUUCAUUACUCCCUAUAUCUAAACUUUAAAAAUAAUAUUAAUGUUACAUUUUAAAGCUGCUUGGUUCAUAAAUUGUUGAAAAAGUUAAAUGGAUCACUGGAUAUGACGUCUCUAUGUUAUUUUAUUUUUUUUAAAUGUAUUUUAUUAUAUAGUAUUAAUAAUUAUUUGAAAUUUACAUAAUAAAAUAUUUUAUUAUAAUUAAUUUUGAUUUUAGAAUAAUACCAAUGAAGCAAUUGCUCUAUUGGAAAAUCUUGGUGAGCUAAAGUACAAACUUGGGAUAACAAGUACACUGGUUACAUUAUACUUAAACAUUGACAACUUUAAAGCUGCAUCAGACUUAUUUAAUGAUACUUUAUCUUAUUACAGUCAAAAAGAAGUAAUGAUAAAUUUCUGUUUAAACAUUUAAUAUUAAAUUCUAAAAUGCAUUCUAAACUAUUUGUUCUUUGUAGAUAAAUAAUUCAAAAGUAACCAUUUUAUUAAAACAAUUAGCCAAAUUACAUUUACUUGAACAAAAUCCCAAGGAAGCAGCUAAACGUUUGUCGCGAUUACUGGAAUUAAAUCCUGCUAAUAAAAAGUUCUUAGCACAACUCAUCAUUGCUUAUACUCAGGUAAAAAUGCUUCAUUAACUUUUAGUAUUUAUACAAUUUGAACAAAUUUAAUUGAUUAAAUAUAUCAGAUCCACAUAUAGAAUUUAUAAAACCCUGUAAAUUUGUAAAAUAGUAUUAAUAUUACAAUGUUUCUUUAUGUUUCUGUUAAAAAUACUACAAAACUUUUGUAUAGGCUUUCCAUCAUAUUUGUUUUCCUACAAUAUUCUAAAAAAUUGCUAUAUGUCUGUCAACUACCUGGGCAAUUGUCAUUGUAUGUUUAUGUGCAUCCUCUGUUUCCCAAAAUAAUAACUGAUGUUUACAAAAUCAAUUUGUGGCUUAGUUAUAUAUAUAGUUUAAUACAAUUUCCAAUCUUAAUUUACAUAAUUACAAUAUGUUUUUCUUAAAACAAACAAUUGACUACAGAAUAUUUUUCUAGAAAUUUGGAUAUACAUAACACUUAAUCAGAUUUAGGGGCAGUAGGGAAGAUUUAUCGAUUAAGAAAUAUGUGCAAUUUAUUACCUUACUCUACUCCUUUGGUCUAAACUUUAAACAAAUAUGAAUGUAACUCAAAAACAAUAAAUUUGAUAUUAGUGUUAUACAUAUUCACAUUUCUAGAAAAAUGUUCGUUAUUCGACUGUUCAAAAAGGUAGGUUUAUAUUUAAAAAACAAAAGUAUAUACUUAUUUAAAGUACAUAGAAUAAGAAUAAAAAAAAUUUCAAUGGUUUUAAAAUAAAGCUUAAGCAAUUCCACAAUGAUUAAAAAAAACAAAUCAAAUUUAUUUAAAAUCCACCAAAGAAAUUAUUGGUUCAUGAGAAAAAGAUUUUAGAAAAUACAAUAUGACUAUUAAUAAUAAAAUAUAACUGCAAAUGAUUAUUACCAAGUAUUAACCAAAACAAAACCAAUUGUGUGUGAUAUAAUGAAUAAAUGGUAAUGAUUAAUUUAAAUAAUAAAUUAUAUUAAUUAAUAUUAAAAUCUAAAAUAUGUUCUUAAAUAAAAUACAACUAAGUUGGAACAUUUUAUAUCAAUAAAACAAUUGUGAAUUUUUAUUUUCGAUGUUUAGAAUAGCAAAUAUAUUAUAUUUGUAGAAUUGAUAAAAUUUAAGUAACUACUAAAUUAUAAUAAAUUCAGAUGAAAAAAAAACCUUUUAACAAUAUAGACAUAUUGAAUAACUCUUGUAUUUUUUUCCAUUGCAUUUAAUUAUUAUUUUAGUUUGACCCAGAAAAAGCUCAACAGUAUAGUAAAGAACUUCCACCAUUAGACCUUCAAGAUACUGACAUAGAUUCACUUGAGAACACUAACUGGAUGAUGGGUUCUAAACUAAUUAAGAAAUCUACAUUAAAACCAGACACUGCUGGGUAGUUAUUAGAUUUUGUUGAAUAGUUAUACUUUUUAUUAAAAUCAUUUAUCAAAUUAUGAAUUAUAUUUAACACAUUAAACAGGUCAAAGUCUAUAGUAGAAGAAAAGAAACGUAAGAAGAAAAGGAAAAUUAUUUUGCCCAAAAAUUUCAACCCAGACAUUCCUCCUAAUCCAGAACGUUGGUUACCAAGACAUGAACGUACUGGUUACCGUAAAAAGAAAGAUAGAAGAAACAAAGAAACUGGUAUAGGAAAAGGAACACAAGGUGCCAGUAAUACUGCCAGUGAACAAUUGUAAGUAGAAUAUAAUUAUAAUUAUUCUAUAUUUUACCAAAUGAGACCAAUUAAAUAUAAUUUCUGUACUUGUAACCUUUAAACAUUAAUGACUAAAUAAUGAUUAAUAUUCAUACAGAAUUUAUAAUUUGUUGUAUAAUAAUAAUAAUCUAAAGUAAAAGUAUAAUGUUUAACAUUUAAAUUAAAAGUCAAACCUAUAUUAUUAUUUUAAUAUUAUAAAUUUAAUGAAUAUCUAGUUUAAUUGUAAUUGUUUAUCAAUGUUUACUGGCUGUAUGAAACUAUAAAUAGGUUUUUAUAGGAAGUUCAAUUUAAAUUGUGUUGUUUUUUGUAUAAAUCAAUUAUGAAUGCAAAUAUUAUUUAUCGUAUUCUAACUGUAUGAAAUUUAAGUGCAAAAACAAUUAGACCAUCAAAUGCAUAUUUUAUUUAUAAUUUUAUUAGUUCAUCAUUAUCACAAUUUACAGUAAAUUUAUAUAAAUUAUGAAUACUCAAAUUUGAAGACAAAUUUUUAAUUUAUUCUCUUAAUGAAAGUGAAAAUAGUUCAUUCAUUUACAAAUAGUAUAAAAUAUGCAAAAUAAAAUUAAGUCUAUGAUCAGUUUUGAUUUAAAACGCCCACAUCUCAAACCCGUAUGACUGUGCAUCCACUUACUAUGAACAUGCAAAUACAUAUAAUUCCAGUCUCUAAUUAUGUCCCUAUAUAGCAAUUCAUAAAAAAGAUUAAUCAUUAUAUUUAGGAAAUGCUGAACUAUAUUAUUUAAUAUUAAAUUAAUAUGUUCUAAAUUUACGACUAUAUAAGUUUAAAAAUAAAUAGCUGUAUAUAAUAUUAGAUAUAACACAAAUCUUCUAUCAUAUUUUGCGUGCUAUGUAAUGUAUAAUUUAAAAUUGUUAGAGAUAUUUUUACUAAAUUGACUUUAUUUGACCAAUACUAAUGACUUAUAUUAAUACAAUUUAACUUAUAGUAUUAUUAUUUUUUUUUUUUUGGUUAUAAAUUCAUAGAUUUAUUUGUUGCAACUCUCCAUGCUUCUCUAUCGUAGCACAAUUCAUUUCGGUUUUUGUAAUUUCCUUUAAUUGUAUCCUGCAUUAUCUGUGUCAUGCAUUCUGCUCUUGAUCUUUCUCUUGCAAUGUGUCUUACAAUAUCUCAUUCAAUUAUUAUCUUUAGUAAACUUUCAUGCUUAAUGUGUUCUAUCAUCUUACCUCUUCUGGAUUGAAUACUUUUCCAUAGUUAUCGUUGUUUCUUUAUUUUAUCUAGUUCCUCCUUAUUCAUUACCCUCUCGGUCCAUGGUAUUUUAAGUUUAUUGCCCAGGUAUUAUUAGAAUACCAAAUAUUAAUAUGUAUGAUUUUUUUAGCAACAUCAAAAAUAUUGCGGCUCAACCAAAAACUCAGACGACUCAAUUGCCUUCUGAAAAUGCACCUAGGCUUCAACACCGAAAAGGAGGACAGUACAAAAAGAAGAAGAAGGGAAAAUAG